AACUUCAAUAGUAAUCACAUUCAUCAUCACUCCUCUUUUUCUCUCUCUUUGUAUGUGCCCCUUUACAACUCAUAUACAACCCUAAAAUCAAUCUAAACUCCCACUUCAUUACUCUCUUUCUUUGAUUUACAAACCCAAAUUCAAUGGAUUCUUCAGCUUCUCACCGGAAUCCUCAAAAGGGUCGUCGCCGGAAACCCAUCACAAAGCCUUCAUCAUCUUCUUCAUGGUGUUGCUCUUUUAAAAGCCCACCAAAAUCACCUGAAACCCUUUCUUUAUCUUCCUCUAAAACCCAUCUUAAAAUCGUGGGAACCACCUUUGAAUCUCUCUCAAAAUCGCUUAAUUCUUUCCCUAAUUCACCUCAGAGCUCUAAAUCUGGGUUAAGUUUAGUGGGUAGGAUUGACCCCCGUCGGAUUCUCUCUCCGGGUAGGGUUUCUCCAAUUGAUUCUGAGAUGAUCCCACCAAAAAUUAGUAAUGUGUGUCAAGAGCAGGAACUGAGUCGUGAACUGGGUUCAACUCGGAGUGUGGGUUUGGGUGAUGAGCGAGAAAAUAUGAAUGCGGGUUCGGUUUCAGGUGCGGGUGAAGAUGAAGAUGAUGAUGAUGCUGAUGGGGUUGUUGAAGAGGGUGUUUUUGAUGUGAGGUUGAGUUUAAAGGGGAAGAAUGGAGGUGGGCUCUUAGUUUUGGAGUUAAAUUCAAAAGUUUUAGGGGAAAAUAGUAAACAUUUUAGUGGUUUGAUCAAGAAUUCCAAAAGAAGGGGUGGGUUUUUUAGGAUUGAGGUUCUUGAGGUUGAGAAUUUGGGUGUCUUUAGGGAGACGAUUGAGCUAAUGUUUGAAGUAGAUAUCUCCAAAAAGCUUAUUAAGUAUGGGGCUUUUCGCGCUAUCGACAUUCUUGAGGUAUCAGCAAGCAUAAAGUUCGACAGAGGUGUUUCCUCCUGCUUAAAGUAUCUUGAGGCUGUUCCUUGGACUGAGGAAGAGGAGGAGAAGCUGAAGACUCUCUUCACAAGAUUUAGGUUUGAUGAUGCUACUAAUAACGAGAUAUUCUCUAGACUUAACCUUAAUGACUCGAAUUCUCCCCAUGAGAAUUUGGCUACCCAGAUAGUCCGUUCCAUCACCACUUGUAGCAAUACCAAAACAAGAAACGAGCUUAAACCCAUGGUUAAGGGUCUCUUAUCUAAAAGCUCCGUUUACGAGAAACAUGACUUUGACAUCACAAAGGAAGAUCUCUACUCCAUCUGUCAAUCUUGUCUAUCUUGCCUAGUUUCCCUAUUCCAGGAAGCCAGCGGCACUGCCCCUGUUAAGCAAGAUGGCAAUAAAAAGAACGAGAAAUCCUUGAUUGAAUAUAUCGCAUGGCAGGUUGAAAACAUCACUUGGUUGUUAGAAAUCUUUCUCGACCAUCAGAUUGCAGAAGAUUUUGCCGAGUUGUGGGCUCAUCAGAAUGAAUUGCUUGAAAUGCACCAAAAAGCAUCUCCCAUGGUGAGAUACGAACUAAGCCGUGUCUCAGCUGUUCUCUUUACUGCGAUAGGAACAAGGAAGCUACAAUGCCAGGCUGAAUCGAGAAUCGCACUUCUCUACUCAUGGUUUAGUCCGAUGCUUUUGGACUUUGGUUGGUUGCAGAGAUGUAGAAAAGGAUUGAACGUGAGGGAGUUAGAGGAAGCAAUGGGUCAAGCCCUCCUAACACUUCCUUUGAAAAAGCAGUAUGCAUUGUUCAUGGAAUGGUUUAGAUGUUUCUCGAAGCACGGGACUGAGUGCCCUAAUCUUAGGAACGCUUUCCAAAUUUGGUGGCGCAGAUCGUUCUUAAGAGGGUCCGAAACUCCUGCAGUUGAGUCACGAUAGGUGCGUUUAUUUGUUAGUAGUUUUCCACGUUUCGUUUUUCCCCUCUUUGUGUAAUGUUGCUAUAUUGUAGGUGUGGCUUUGUAGUGCAACUACUGUGUAAGUUUGUGUAGAAGUAGCUUCAGAGCAAGGCAUUAUUA